CAACGUUUCAGAGCAAGAGGGAAAUCAAAUUUCAGAGACGAAAAACAAAAUUGAGAGAAAAGAGUGUGGCUUUAGGCUUUUGCUUUUAGAAGGAGAAAAGGUGACAAAGAAAGAGAGAAGCUUGUUGAAGAAUGGAGGCUAGUAGUAGCAGUAGUAGCGGUAGCAGUAAUGAUACUAGUAUUAGCAGUAGUAUUGAUGGGAAUAGUGGCAUAGUGACGAAUCAGAGGAAGGCAAAUGAGUUUCAGGGAAUCCAAAUAGGGAAUCCGUUUACUUUGAAAGUGGGUCAAGUAUUUACUGGCUUUGGCCUCGGCUGUGGUAUUGGUAUCGGUGUUGGCAGGCCCAUAAAUCUAGGUGCAAUACCAAUGCUAAAUCAAGUUAUGAGUGCUACCAGAGGGGCAACUGAUGCUUUAUCUGGUGUUAGCAGACAUGUGAAUGACACUAUGAGAAAGUUGGGAGCUAAGAAUAUUGAAGCAGGCGUUGGAUGUGGUGUUGGCUUCGGCCAUGGUUUUGGAGUUGGUCUUGCUGUGAAGCCUGGGGUGUUGCAUCAAAUUCAAUCUUGUCUUAUGCAAACAAUGACAAAGAUGAUGCUGAAGUUUGGCAUUGCUCCCAAUUUACCCAUUGGACAAGGUGCUCUUCCAGCGUCUUUGCAAAGUGGCAUGAGCAUGAUGAAUCAAUCGUUAAACCAAAAUCCAAUGGGAAGUAUCAUGCAGUUGGGAACCAAGUUACCUGAAGACACAUCUCAAAUCCUGCCUGGAUAUGGAAAUAUUGGUUCAGGUUCAACUUAUGAGAAUAUGCCAUCAAAAGGCACUGCUAUUGACUCACCUUUUGGCAGUCGAACAGAAAAGGUUCUCAGUAGCUUUUUGCAGAAUCCAGCUUUGAAAGGGGAGGACACCGAAUUGAAUGACAUGGCUGGACGCUUGCGGUCAGAAAACAACAUGCUUCACGUGGUACUAAAACACCAGCAAGUCAUUCAGGAGCUUUUGGAGGAAAAUGAAAAGCUUCGCCAAGUACUAGUUGAAGACCUGAAAAUACCAUCCAGCAAGCUUCAAGCUAAUUAUUCAAGUAGAGAUAAGUCCCCAUGUACUGAUUGUUUUGAGUGCCGAAGAAAACAAAGAAGAAGGUAGAUGAAGAUAACUAUGAUAAUUUCAGUUCACUCUAUUUAAGUGUUUUUUACCACAAAUUUUAACUGAGACUCUUUCGCCAAGGGGUGUGGACUUUGGUUUGGCUUUGCAACCCUCUACACAGAAUUAUUCUUGGGGGUCAAAGCGAUCACAAUAGUAGAAAUAUAGAUUAGCUCACAAAGAAAUGUAUUAAACACUUUAAACAUUACAGGAGAGUGGAAAAACUACCAGUCAUAGAAGCUUUUUUUUUUCUUUCUUUCUCCUUUUCUAGUUAAGAACCAAGCUAAUCAAAACUUCCUGUUUCAAGGUUGUUUUUGCUACAUCCCUUUAUAAAUUUACAUAUUCUUUGAAGUUGCAACUGUGCCAAAGUAAAGCAGAGGGAAAAAUCUGUUGAUUGUCUGAGGCGUUUUCGUUUGAACACAAAAAUUUCACAAAUUCUGUUGGGGUCCUUUGACAAACUCAUGAAGCUUCAACCAUGUAGACGCAGAGUGCUGAAUAAAAUAAACUUUUCCUCAGUAA